CCGGGACUCAGGGCCCGGGAUCGCCGAGCCCGACCUCGGGCGCCCCGCCGGUCACCUCCCCGCGCGGACACCAGCCCUGCCGUGCCCUGGGAGAUGGAAGACGUCGCCCGAGGGGCGGCCCCAGGGCCCCCCCGGCCUGGCCUGGUGCCCAUCAGCAUCAUUGGGGCUGAAGAUGAGGAUUUUGAGAACGAGCUGGAGACGAACUCAGAGGAGCAAAACAGCCAGUUCCAGAGCCUGGAGCAGGUGAAGCGGCGCCCAGCCCACCUCAUGGCCCUCCUGCAGCAUGUGGCCCUGCAGUUCGAACCUGGACCCCUGCUCUGCUGCCUGCAUGCGGACAUGCUGGGCUCCCUGGGCUCCAAGGAGGCCAAGAAGGCCUUCCUCGACUUCUACCACAGCUUCCUGGAGAAGACUGCGGUUCUGCGGGUGCCAGUCCCUCCCCACAUCUCCUUUGAACUUGACCGCACACGGCCCGACCUCAUCUCUGAGGAUGUCCAGCGGCGGUUUGUGCAGGAGGUGGUACAGAGCCAGCAAGCAGCCGUGGGCCGGCAGCUGGAGGACUUCCGUUCCAAGCGGCUCAUGGGCAUGACGCCCUGGGUGCAGGAGCUGGCCCAGCUGGAGGCCUGGGUUGGGCGGGACCGGGUCAACUAUGAGGCACGGGAGCGGCAUGUGGCCGAGCGGCUGCUGGCCCACCUGGAGGAGAUGCAACAUACCAUCUCCACUGAUGAAGAAAAGAGUGCCGCUGUGGUCAGCGCCAUUGGCCUGUACAUGCGCCACCUCGGGGUGCGGACCAAGAGUGGGGACAAGAAGUCGGGGAGGAACUUCUUCCGGAAAAAGGUGAUGGGGAACCGGCGGUCAGAUGAGCCUCCAAAGACCAAGAAAGGACUAAGCAGCAUCCUGGAUGCCGCCCGCUGGAACCGGGGAGAGCCCCAGGUUCCAGAUUUUCGACACCUCAAAGCUGAGGUUGAUGCUGAGAAGCCAGGCCUUACAGACCGGAAGGGAGGCCUGGGGAUGCCCUCUCGGGACCGGAAUGUUGGGGCUGCUGGGCAGGAUAUCUCUGGAGUCUCUCUACACCCUCUGUCUGGAGACAGCCCAGACCGGGAACCAGGCAUGGACGCCCCAUUGGAGCUGGGGGACCCAUCCCCACAGGGCCCGAUGAGCCUGGAGCUCCCAGCGCCCCCAGAGAACACUGACGAGGGGGCUGAUACAGAAAGCCCUGAGCCUGGAGAUGAGGGGGAGCCAGGGCGAUCAGGCCUAGAGCUGGAACCAGAAGAGCCUCCUGGCUGGCGGGAGCUUGUCCCCGCAGAUACCCUGCACAGCCUUCCCAAGAGCCAGGUGAAGCGGCAGGAAGUCAUCAGCGAGCUGCUGGUGACCGAGGCAGCCCACGUGCGCAUGCUCCGGGUGCUACAUGACCUCUUCUACCAGCCCAUGGCAGACGGGGGCUUCUUCCCCCUGGAGGAGCUACAGAACAUCUUCCCCAGCCUGGACGAGCUCAUCGAGGUGCAUUCCCUGUUCCUCGAUCGCCUGAUGAAGCGGAGACAGGAAAGUGGCUACCUCAUAGAGGAGAUUGGAGACGUGCUGCUGGCCCGGUUUGAUGGUGCUGAGGGCUCCUGGUUCCAGAAAAUCUCCUCCCGCUUCUGCAGCCGCCAGUCAUUUGCCUUAGAGCAGCUCAAAGCCAAGCAGCGUAAGGAGCCUCGAUUCUGCGCCUUUGUGCAGGAAGCUGAGAGCCGCCCACGGUGCCGUCGCCUGCAGCUGAAGGACAUGAUCCCCACGGAGAUGCAGCGUCUGACCAAGUACCCUCUGCUCCUGCAGAGCAUCGGGCAGAACACAGAAGAGCCCGCGGAACGGGGCAAGGUAGAGCUGGCGGCCGAGUGCUGUCGAGAAAUUCUGCACCAUGUCAACCAAGCUGUGCGUGACAUGGAGGACCUGCUGCGGCUCAAGGAUUAUCAGCGGCGCCUGGACUUGUCCCACCUGCGGCAGAGCAGUGACCCCAUGCUGAGCGAGUUCAAGAACCUAGACAUCACCAAGAAGAAGUUGGUCCAUGAGGGCCCACUCACAUGGCGGGUGACAAAGGACAAGGCUGUAGAGGUCCACGUGCUGCUGCUGGAUGACCUGCUGCUGCUGCUCCAGCGCCAGGAUGAGCGGCUCCUGCUCAAGUCACACAGCCGGACGCUGACGCCCACACCCGACGGCAAGACCAUGCUGCGGCCCGUGCUGCGGCUCACCUCCGCCAUGACCCGUGAGGUGGCCACCGAUCACAAAGCCUUCUACGUCAUUUUUACCUGGGACCAAGAGGCCCAGAUUUAUGAGCUGGUGGCACAGACAGUGUCAGAGCGGAAGAACUGGUGUGCCCUUAUCACGGAGACCGCUGGAUCCCUGAAGGUCCCUGCCCCUGCCUCCCGCCCUAAGCCCCGGCCCAGCCCAAGCAGCACUCGAGAACCCCUCCUCAGCAGCUCUGAGAAUGGCAAUGGUGGCCGAGAGAUGCCUCCAGCUGACACCAGGACUGAGAGGAUUCUCAGCGACCUCCUGCCCUUCUGCAGACCAGGCCCCGAGGGCCAGCUUGCUGCCGAGGCCCUUCGGAAAGUGCUGUCCCUGAAGCAGCUCCUGUUUCCUGUGGAGGAAGACAGCGGGGGGCCUCCCCGAGAUGGGGAGGGGGUCCCAGGGGGUGGCCCCCUGAGCCCAGCGCAGACCCAGGAAAUCCAGGAGAAUCUGCUCGGCCUGGAGGAGAUCAUAAGGCAGCUGGAGGAGUUGGAAGAGGAAUUUUGCCGCCUGCGACCCCUCCUAUCUCAACUCGGGGGGAACCCUGUCCCCCAGCCUGGCUGCACUUGAGGUCCCUGCCCAGACAGGCUUUUUGCAAGAAGGAGAAGAAUGGGGGAGAGGACGUGAGGGGCCACCCCCACCCACACAGCUGCCGCAGCGUCUCACACCCCAGGGCCCAAGGAGAGGGAGCCACUGCCGGGCCACGCCUAGGAGGGGCCAUCUGGGGUUACUGCCGCUCCCAUUGGCCUCAGCUAUCUCUCCCUCCUGCCCGCUGCUUGGGGGACUCAGGGCUUCAUUCUGGAGGGCACCAUGGUGACCCCCUUGUCCCAGGCCAUCUCAGUAUUGCCUGUGGGGGCCACCCCUCCAUCCCCCCACCCCCAAGUGCCUUUGCUCUGUUUUUAUAUCCUGAACUGGAGGUUUAUUUUUUAAUAUAUAUUAUCUAAGGAGA